UACAGAGGGAGUUCUCAUUUUGUUAUACCUGCAUGUUUAGUUGAGGAACAUCUCCUAUUAUUGAUGAUUAGAAAGCUUUGUUAAAUAUUUAUUGGUUUUAUUUUUCAAAUUCUCAACAAUAUUUCUCCUUAUAAAACAGUGAUGUCCACUUUAAUCUUCUCCAUAUUCUCUUUAGAAAACUGGAACAGAAGCGUUUGUUUUGUUUCCAGACUUCCGGCUUGGAGAAUAAACUGACCAACACACAUGAAGAUGCAGUCAGUGGUUAUAUGUCUAGGAAAACAACUACUAACCGAUAGAGCUACAGGGGGUAGAUUUCACACCCACAACUCCAUGGAAGCCAUUUCCACCAUGGGAGAGAAAAACUUAAAAUCCGACAGAUCAAUAUAUCUGAUAGAUCUCAGAGCAAUUGAUUUAUUGGAUCUAUUCUAUGAAUUGCUGCUUUAAUUCUUCUAUAAGGCUAAAUAAUAAACGGUGUGGUUGUAUUGCCAUGGUUCGCCACCAGGCGGCACCAUGACAGAACCACUGAUAGGCUUUGCCAGGACAGGAAUGAGAGGGAAGACAUGCGGCAAAGGCCACCAGGGCGGGAAUCGAACCUGCGUCGAGGACUGAGGCCUCCUUAUGUGGGCUGUGCUUAACCGCUGUGACCAGCAGUCACAGCGGUUCUGACCGUGUGGUUCUGACCCAGUCCGUCAGAACCAGAGGAACAUCAUGGCUGAACCUGGGUUCAUCCGUUCACCGCUUCAGCCUGACACAAGGUGGCGCUGCAGAGCCAGAGCUCCAUCAAGCUGGACUGGAAACCAGUUUGUUUCCUAGCAACAGGACAUUAGUCUGUCUGGUUCUGGUUCUGUUCUAACUUUGUUGAGUAAAAUGUCGGUUGUGACUCCAGAACUUCCUGCUGUUCAGUUUUGGACCGGUGGUUCUGAUUGGCGUUCUGUCUCUGUUCAGUUUGGUUGAAACGGUUCUGAUCCUGCAGCCAGUGAUGGAUCAGAACCGUUGGGAUGAGUGAUGGGUUCGGUCCAGGGGAACCGGGACAGGUUCUUCUUCUGGACCUGGGUUUGGGUCGGAGCUGACCCGGUUCAGAGGCAGAACCUGGACCCAGAGGAAAUCAUGAGCAGCUCAGGAAGAGAAGGAUCUAAAAAUAAAACGAAGGAACAGAAAUAAGACCAGGAGGAAGAGGAGGACGCUCCUCCUCCUCAUCCUCUCCCUCCUCCUCCUCGUCUUCCUCCUCCACUUCAAACCUGAGCGGAAAGCAGAAGCUGCUGGACCCGUCAGAACCGUCAGAAGCUCCGGCUGCUGCAGCGUUCUUCGUCUCCAAGUGAGGAAAGUUUCCAGCAGACGAUCCGACAGCGACUCCACGGAAACCAGGUCAGAGUCUGCUGGUUCUGGUUCUGACAGAGAAGACCUCAGCCUGAACCGUCCUCAUCUUCAUCCUCCUGGAGGUUCUGGUGGUUCUGACAGGACGGGCAGCUGACCUCUCAGCAGUAGUGGCGGUUCUGGAAGUGGGAAGGGUCCGGCCCGGUGGCGGUUCUGAUGGGGUCGCGUUUCUCUCCUCUGAGUCCAGAUGGCGAGAGGAGAGGACGCAUUAAACACCAGAACCGGGUUCUGAUCGGAAUCAGGACCCAGAAGUCUGGACCGAACCAAACUGGACCGGGCCAAACCAGGAUCUAGAACCUCCACAGAGCUGAGGAUCCAACCCUCCAUAUGAGGAAGUCGCUGUUAGCAUGAACAGCCUCCCCUAGUGGCUGAGAGCCGGAACAGCAACACAAUGACAUCAUCCUGACUCUGUCCUCUCAUUGGCUGCAGAAAGGCCAGGGGCGGGACUUCAGGGCAUGUCAGCAGCGUGUCCUCUAAGCCAAUCAAAGUCCAGUCAUGUGACCUGCUCCUCCUCAACACAAGGGGGCGCCAACUCCUGACUGACGGCAUCAAAGAAACAACACAAACUCAGUGAGGGCCCCUCCUUCUCGUGCCGCCCUGGGCAGCUGGCCACGGUGUGGAAGUCAGAAAGCGGUCGCUCUCUCUCUCUCUCGCCGCCAGCAUCUGUUCCUGUCAGAUCCAGAUGUUCCCCAGACAUCAGUGACCUUAUUCAGAGGCUUCAGGAGUUGCUGCCUGACCCAGAUGUCUCCUGUUUCUUGUUCUCCAGCUGCCGUCUCGUCCUCCAUGGCGGGCCUGGAGGUCUUUGCUGACGCCGCCUCCCUGCUGUCUUUGAACUCCAGCGUCUUCUUCAGCGAGACGCCGGCGUCGCGCGUUAGGGACCCGCUGGGCGCCGUGGUCGUCAACGUCGGGGGGAGUCGCUACGUCCUGUCCCAGGAGCUGCUGGCGUCCCACCCGGAGACCCGACUGGGGAAGCUGGUCUGCUGCGGUCGAGACUCUGCGCUGGAGCUCUGCGAUGACGCAGACUUCCUCCGGAAUGAGUUCUUCUUCGACAGAAGCUCCCAAACCUUCCAGUACGUGAUGAACUUCUACCAGACGGGUCACCUUCAUGUCAUGGAGGAGCUGUGUGAGAUCUCCUUCCUGCAGGAGAUCCAGUACUGGGGCAUCGACGAACUCUGCAUCGACUCCUGCUGCCGGGAACGCUACCACCGCCGCAAGGAGCAGAAAGAGUCCCUGGAUGUCUGCCAGGAGUUUGAGACCGACGAUGAAGAGGAGGACUUUGUAGGUGCGCUCUGUCCAGGCCUGCGUCGGCGUCUCUGGGACAUUCUGGAGAGACCGGAAUCGUCUGGCGCCGCCCGGACCUUCGGCUCCCUCUCCAUCUUCUUCGUGGUGCUGUCAGUCGUCAACAUGGUGCUGAUCUCUCUGGACCAGGACUUCGGCGGUAGCUGGCUGGGCGCCGGCGGGCCGCAGCUGCUUGACAUGGUGGAGUACGUGUGCGUCCUGUGGUUCACAGGUGAGCUGGUGCUGCGCUUCAGCUGCGUCCGGGACAAGUGCCGGUUCAGCCGAAGCGUCCUCAACGUGAUCGACCUGCUGGCCAUCCUGCCCUUCUAUGUGACGCUGGCCGUGSAGAGCCUCCAUGGCGGCUCCACCGAGCUGGAGAACGUGGGCCGGGUGGUCCAGGUGCUGCGCCUCCUCCGGGUCCUGCGCAUGCUGAAGCUGGGUCGACACUCCACAGGUACGCGCUUCAGUCUCUCAACCAGUAAGCUUAGUAGAACUGAUUUGGGUCAGAUGUUCUGGGUUUCCUUCUACAAGGUGUACUGGGCCUUUAGCCCAUCCCAGUGAUACUGGGUCGAGUUUUAAGGCUUCACCUUUUCACUCUGACAUGACCUGUUGUUCUGCAGUCAGGACUUUGUGAUGGCCACUGCAGGACAUCUCAGCGUUUCCCCAGAGAAGCAAACUAAACAUAAAACCUUCCUAAUUGGAAGGAGGUUGUGCAGAGCGGGUCCAAAUGUGCCGACGAUUGAAGGUCGACCUUCUGGAGGAUUCUGGAUCAAAGCCUGACUGUAAAGGCCGUCAUCGUCACGGUCAGCGACGGGCGCCGUCAGUCUGGUGCGAGCGUCUUCAUGGUGUCUGUUCAUCCACUCACAGAUUCCCUUCAUUCGCCGGCACAAAGAGCAAGCAGCAGGUCAACAUGCUGCCUGCAGCAGCUGCAGCAUUACUAAUGCAGCUUUCCCUCAGCUGGGUGCUAGCUGUGUCCUAAAUACAAACUGGCUGUUUCCUGUUUGUCCUUAUGGAAAAUGAAUCUGCAGAGAGCAGAGCAAUGUGGCGAAGUGUGAGGACCAAUCAGGUUCCCCCAUUUCACACUCCUGAUGUGAAGAGAGAAAGCAGCUGGCAGGGAAAACACGGAUUCAACGUCUGAUAUCAGCAGAGACUCCACGAGCUAAAGAAGCUCAUGAAUAAUGCAGGAAGCAGAGGAAACUGGAGCAGGAGCCCAGAAUAACCAGAACCAGCAGCAGAAACUAAAGUGACGUUACAACAUGCUUGAAACAAGAUGAGGCUCCUGGAGGAAGAUCAGAGCGACGGAGUCUUUACCUCCUCUGAAGAGGAACAGGUUCAGGGCUGAACCAGUUCUUUACUCUGAACCAGUCCUUUACUCUGAACCAGUUCUUUACUC